UGAUGGUACAAGGUGCUGUAAACAAAAAUGGCGGCAAACUUUGGACAGAGUUUACGAUCUGCUGUUACAUCGGUAACAGAGACAGYGUUCCCGAUGUCACGGUCUAUCAGGGAUUACCCGAGACAUCAGCUUAUUAAUGAUGGUAAUGAGCUGGUAUCAGAUUUAUCCUUACAAAUGGCACUGUACUUUAAUGCCUACUUUUCACCUUUCUGGUUUUUGACAGCAGUGGUCAUGUUGGUGGCCAAGUAUGACAGCCUUAACUUCUACUAUAAAUUUCUUUUGAUUGCUAUUUAUAUUGUUAUGGCAAUUGUGGAAAUGACCAGACUUUACCUUGGCUACAUUGGGAACCUUCAGGAAAGG